AGGAGCCUGCGAGUGGCUUGUGGUUGCGCACGCAGCCGAAAACUGUCAGGUGAGGCGGAAGUGAAGUGAUUUCAGGGAACAAAAUGACCGUGCGUCGUCCCACCUGUUGCAGGUAAACUUCCCGAGCUCGCGACACGCAAAAGCUGCUGGUCCAAACGCAAAUGGUGAAAAAUGACUUUUAACCUUAGACUAAAACGGUCCUGCCCAUGUCUGCAGUGAACAACCCCAUUCCUUCCAACCUGAAAUCAGAAGCCAAGAAAGCAGCUAAGAUCCUCAGAGAAUUCACUGAAAUCUCCAACAGGAAUGGGCCGGACAAACUAAUCCCAGCUCAUGUCAUCGCCCGGGCUGAGGGGCUGGCCAUUAUCUCCGUGGUCAAGGCCGGCUUCGUGAUCACAGCCAGAGGAGGCAGCGGCGUGGUCAUCGCCAGGCUGGCUGACAGACGUUGGUCUGCUCCUUCUGCAAUUGGCAUCGCCGGCCUGGGCGGUGGGUUCGAAAUUGGCGUGGAGGUGUCCGAUCUAGUGAUCAUCCUAAACCAGCGUCGAGCCAUUGAUGCCUUCACAAAAGGCGGGAACUUGACCCUGGGUGGGAACUGCACGGUUGCAGUUGGUCCAGUUGGCAGGAAUGUGGAGGCCGAUGUUGCCCUGCGCAACAUGUCUGCCAUCUACACCUACUGCCGCUCCAGAGGUUUGUUUGCCGGCAUCUCUCUGGAGGGCUCCUACCUGAUUGAACGCAAAGACACCAACCGCAAGUUCUAUGCCCGGAACCUGCGAGCGUCUGCCAUCUUGAACGGCGACGUGGAGCCGCCGCAGGAGUGCUACGACCUCUACCACAUCUUAGACGCCUACACGGAUGCUUAUGUGGAUGACUGGACCAGCAAAAAUGCCCCCGUAAAGUCGUCACGUCCUCCAGCCAGACCUCCAGCUCCAUCAUCCCAGCAGCGAGCAGCAACCAGCUUCCAAACACCAGCAAACCAGCGAGCAGCAACCAGCUUCCAAACACCAGCAAACCAGCGAGCAGCAAGCAGCUUCCAAACACCAGCAAACCCUGGUAUGUUGAGACAGAAGAAGCCGAGUGCAACUGUACUUGUACUCUGCUGUUAUCUACUGUAGAUCAGGGGGGUCCAAA